AGCGUACAAAAAUACUUCCCAGUAAUGGUUGAAAAGGUUCGAUGCCGGGAAUUCUUUGUGUUUGUGUGUUUUUUAUUAGGACAUUAGGCAAAAUAAUAACAAGGGCUUGGUGGCGCAACCCAUUUCCCUACUUCAAAGGGGACAGCCAUAGCAUCCAUCCACCCAUGGCAGCGGCGGGCGGCGUCGGCCGUGCGGUGGAAAGAACAAAUGGAAGAACCCAUAUGUAAGAACCAAUAAGAAUUAUAGAAAGUUCGCACACAGAACACCUGACUCACCUUCGUGCAUAGCCCACGGCAUAUAGCGUUCGUCGCGAGCGUUUCUCGGGCGCAUGUGCACCCGUCCUCGACUGCAUUGGUUUCGUUGCUCCAUGAGGCCGCUAAUUCCCAGUGCGGAGAGAAUUAGACGCGUGCGAUGGAUGUGGUGGCGUCAGCUAGUGCGAAAGGCUCUUUGGCUGGAGCCACUGGGGCAUCUACAUCGACUGGAGCUCGACCUCGAGGGAGGCCACGGAACACGGAGGAACAGAACGCUGAGGCCAAAGCCAGACAUGCUGAGGCCAUGCGGAGAAAGCGGCGGGAGGAUGCCGAGUUGCGGGCUCGUGAGGUUGAAGCGAGGCGGCGACGACGUGCUGCGAACCCGGCACUUAAUGCAAAAGAAGCGGAGGCAAUACGGCGUAGACGUGAGGAUCCGAAAAAGCGGGCUAGGGAGGCUGAAAUCAAACGCCAGCGAAGGCAGGACCCGAAACAGCGCGCUAGGGAGGCUGAAGCCAGACGCCAGCGAAGGCAGGACCCGGAACAGCGCGCUAGGGAGGCUGAAGCCCAACGCAAGCGUAGGCAGGACCCGGAAAAGCGGGCUAGGGAGGCUGAAAUCAAACGCCAGCGAAGGCAGGACCCGGAACAGCGCGCUAGGGAGGCUGAAGCCAAACGCCAGCAAAGGCAACGAGACCGUGAUUUACGGGAAAGAGAGAAAAAGUUGAUGCGUCAGGAAAGUGAGCAACGUCCGGAUCUCAGAGUGCGAGAAGCCGAAACCAGGCACCAACACUGGCAAGAAUUUCUAGAAAUUCGAGCCCAGGAAGCAGAAGCCAAACAACUUGGGCAACGAGCGGAGGCAGAACGACAAGCUCAGGAGAGGUUCAGCCGGCAUGCUGCAGACGACGCACACAAUACACAGCACACCUGCAUGGGAACCAAGCUGACGAGUACAAUCCCAGAGAGGAAACCACGGCAAGGCUGUCACAAUAAAUAUGUUGGCGAGGAUGAUCCCCUGCCUCAACAAGCCCAUCAAUUUUGUCAGACUGAACACCACAUCACUCUAGUGUGGUGCGCAAGACCAAACGUGUCAACUCGCAGCACUGCAGUCCAGGUGGAACCAUGGGAACAGCAGUGUUGAUGGAAGUGCACAAGAAGAUGAAAGGUACUAUAUAAACAAUGACCGAUAAUUUCUUUCUACAUGCAUCUGCACAUUGAUGUGUAUACAUAUUGUGACCCACAUGUGCCUCUGAUGGAAGUGCUUAGAUGAAACAGGCUUCCUGGAUAAGGUUCAGAGCAAUACAGCUUUUGCUAUGGAUGUUCUAUCACUUUGUGGCUGGCACAGCUUAGUUGCUUUUGCAUGAUUAAACCCUGAUUAACUAACAUUGACAUAAAACAGCUGGAAGUUUAAAUGAGUACCGACACACGUCUGGAGUUGUAGAAACUCUACCAUAUACUUUUCACGCAUGAGACAAUGACACAUGGCAAAUGUGAAGGUUGAGAAACACGUAUAGGAUAUUUUAGUUUGAUACUAAAUUGCUCUCGGCCUGGCAUCAUCAUCGUGAUGCCACGACCAAGAGCAAAAUUUGCCAACGUCCUGUUGCAAAAAGGAAUAGGUAUGGUGACAUUGCUCAAGAAAGAAACAGAAGUUCUGUGCAUUUUUAUUCAUGCUGCAUUGUACAGUGAAUGCAGGGUCUGUAUGAGCCAAUGAAUAAUGGCUUCAUGAAGCAUCCGCAUCCUGUUUUCUAAAACUGAUUUAUUAAAUUAUUAGGACACUGAUAUUUGUCAAUUGAAUCUGCAGUAAGGAAAAAUAAAGAGUAUCACAAAUUCCAUGUCCGUACUACUUUACACGAAAGCUUUCUACUGUAAUGUACAAGUCAGACCUCAAUAUAACAAACACGAAUGAUCAGAUAUAGUCCACUAAAUAAAAAUUGUCUCGCAGUGUUACGAUGUUCCUAAGGAAUAUUGGAUAUAACAAAGCUGUUGUGUCAGAUGCGAUUUCGUUAUAGUAAGCAUUGACUGUAUUGGUCUCCUGUUCAUUUUUUUGUUACUCCUAGAAAUGUCAUUUUUUUGUGUUUUCAUGUUUUAACAUGUUCUGUUAAUACAAUAGACACAACGUAUACAGUGAUACAUUAAAUUGUACCCUGACCGUUGGUGUCUUCAAUGGAAGUAAAGCAGAAAUAAUUGCUCCGAGAGUGUUCGAGAAUUCUUAUGUGACACUUCUAAGAAGCUUGUAAAGAAGCAUGAUUAAAAGUAAUAAUUUACUAUUUUUACCAUAAGUACCAAGUAUAGAAAAAAUCUUAAACAAAAUGUAUGUCUUGCCCCUAGUUCCCAACUCUUGCAAGUUAAAAAAAGACCAUGCAAAAAAAAAAAAUGUACUAUGCAGAUUUGGUCGUGUAGGGAGCGCUCGUUUUCACUCACUGCAGCAAACACUUGGUUCCUUCUUUCACUACAUUCUUUAGGCUCUCAAGGCAAUGGUUAUCAGAUAGGGGAGAUAGAUAGCUGUUCUAGUGUUCUAGUUGUGCACCUUGAACUAUCACUAGGACCCUUCUUACAUGCUUUUCGUGGUAUACUUGCAAAGUACUAUACAGUAAUUACAGUGUUGCAUAGUAUUGUACAGUAAUGAGUUAGGUUAUUUGCAUAGGCAAUGUUACAGAAAUAGGAGAUUAGACUACUAGUCAAGCUUCUUUGGAAGGUUGGUCUGAAAUCGACUACAUGCCCUUGUACAAGUGAAAACUCCACACGAUGGGAAGGAUUACUCGUACUAACUUUUAGAUAAGCUGUCGAAGUGCUGAUGGAUAAGAACCCAGGGUGGGGAAAAAUAAUGUUGCUGUUGGUAUUAGUUGAGCACAAUUGUCAAAACAACACGCACUCCUGGGCAUGUACGUAUGUUUGAGACAUUGCUAAAACAGCGUAGACGUCAGAUCAGAAAAUUAAAAUACCCGAAUGAAGCUUCUGUCUUCAUUGCUACUGUCAUUUAAAAAUACGUUGGUGAUUCAACAAAAGUACAAAUUUUGUGUUGCUUGAUUGGGGAAGUGCCAAGAGGGCUGGGGGCUAGUUUGGACGAUACCUCCUGUUGAAGGUUUAUUUUUCCAGACAUCCCAAUAUGCAGAAAUGUUAAAAUCUCACUGAUAGUGAAAGUAGUCUUCAUUUGACAUGGUACAUGUGUUGCUCACAGAAUGAUUCCAUCAGCAGUGUCCAACAACUUGUUGAAAAAAAUUGGAGGACGCUUAAGCCUUGCCUUCAAGAGUGGAACGCGAUAGCGUUAUCGCACCCCGUUCGCACUGCCCGCUCAAACGAUCUACGCGAGCCAAACGUCACGAUUGGCACGGUCAGCCGGGCAGCGACGCGCCAUGAAGGCGGACGCGAUCAGGGGGCGAGUGGCAGGCCACGUGUCUGGGCAGCACCGUACAUUGCGAGGAGGGGGUCUUCUGUGUUUGCCGCAAGAUGGCUCUGCAUGUACGCAGAGCGCAGAAGAAAUGUAGCGGAAACGUACUUCGCUAUUCAUGUAACUGCGACUUCUGUAAUUUACAUGCUCAUAAUUACCGAUAUACACCGCAGUAUAACUUUCUACGGCACAUUUCUAAGGCAACACCGCAUUCACUAGAGGUGCUUUUGUCCCUCUUUGAACUAUCGAACUCGUGGCCGAGUGGUAGCGUCUCCGUCUCACACUCCUGAGAACCUAGUUCGAUUCCCACCCAGCCCAUCUUGCAUGUUGUUUUUUAUUAUUUAUGAAGUGCCUUCCCAGAUUUAUCGCUUACGGUCAACGUGCAGACGCAGACGAAACCGGAUUUUCUGCGACUCAAGCUCCUUAACGCUGUUGCAUUAGAACUGCCAUUCAAAUUAAUCUCUUUAUUUAGCUACGGCUAGGAAAGAUUUCAUUGAACAGAAAAGUUAUGGUAAUGGGAAACAAUGAACAAGUUUAGAAGUUUUUGAACCAGAAUUAGAAUGUGUUGAGAAAAACAAAAAUUGCAGCUCGUAGAAGGUACGUCUGUGCACAUGAUGAAGCAUGAUGUUGCUUUCUCUGGUCUCAAUACAUUCGUAGUGAGUGUUGUUUCUGUCUCUAAAGAAGAACAGCAAGGUGUUUUGGGAAACAUGCCUUGAACACACACUCAUUAGAUCGGCUAGGCAAAUGUGCACACCUUCAGCUUCGGCAUAUGCACUCAUAUGCAAACCAGUAACGGGGAGUCAUAAAUUGAGUCGUACACGUGCUUUAAUACAGUGCAACAUUGUACAUUACGGGAUAUUUUUGUGGAUUUGGGUCAUUUUUCUGCAUGCUACAAACUGUCCUUGCCUACAUUUGAAUGCAAUGUAAUCUAUCUCUGUUGAUCGAUAUACAAUAACCUAGCCACUAGUAGACAAGUAUACAACACUGUGGACACCUGCUGCAGGUAUUUGAAUGCUCCGUCAGCAUCAGUCUUUUGUAUUUGUGCCAUAUUUGGCUCGCUAAGUCUCUGCCCUCACUGACAUCUUUUUUCAUCUUCCACAAGCAUAAUCCACCUUAUCAUACCAUUUUUAAGCGUCUCCUUAAAAAGUAGUACUAGUCGUAAAUGUCACCAAGGUGUGGUCACUGCACAUAUGCAAUUCCUGUAUUGCCAAGGCAGUAUGAAGCAGCUUCACAAGGCGGUAGCCACUGUCCUGGAGUGACCCUGAGCAAGCUUGCCCAUGACUGAACCAUCAAAGAUGCUUUGAUGAAAGACAUCCCAAGGGAUCGGGUCUCCUCUAUCAGUUUAGCAUUUGACUGCCAUGCUGCUGCGGGACUUGUGAAUCAAGAAGCCUAUGUCGUAAGCAGUGUUAAUCCAUGUGUGCUGGUAUGCUCAAGGACCACAAGCCAUUCGACAGUUUUGGUCGGGCUUCCGCAGCCGCUCUGCCUACGCAGGAAACCCACGGAAGCAACAGUUUGCGUGCGCAGUACGUAGAGGCAUGCAUAGUCCCGUGUGUGUGCCCGCAGCUUUUCAAAAGCUGCGCGACGUUUGCUGCAGGCUUUGUAGGACGUUCUCGCAGCUCUUACUGAAGAUUUGACUCUGGCUUGCGGUUCGACUUCGUGGCGGCUGAUAUUGGCCGCACAGUUUCAGAAGCUGAUAUAUGGCAGCGCUGAGUAGCUCACUACCGGCACCUGCGCAUGCAAGUCAGCAGUCCCCUUCUAAACUUUUGCGUCCGGCAAACUAUUGCCAUUUCGUGUGCGCAUGCUUUGCUACGUACGCACGACCUCACGCGCUGCGUACAUUGGAGGUUGCGGACACCCAACUAAAACUGUAUUAUCAUUUGCUAAUAAAGGCGAAAGUACCUGAUUA